CAAAUACAAGAUCAUGAUUUAUUUCUAAAAUUUAUAUCAAUCUCGAAAUGGCUAGCUUUCUAACUCGUCACAUCCCGUGAUUUCCCCGUCUUCGGUUUCACUUCCUGAAAUGGUGGACAAGGAAAACUAUGAGAUAAACUCAGUAAGUAAAUAUGGAGCGCCCCUUAUCAAACUUAAAGCAUGCCAACAAGUACAAUCACGAAAACAGAUACAGUAUGGGCACGAAAUAAACGUCUCCUCUAUAGGUCACGGUCAGUGUAUAAUCCCCACUAGCAGGGCCACGAUUUGUUGGUGUAUAACCCCCACUAGUUGGGUUGAACGAACCGGCUCUAUCACUACAUGUCGACAUGUGCUAGCGUUUAUAACCUCUUCCACUAGCAGGGUCACGAAUAACAUGACCACAUCGAAGACAAAACAGGCAGAAGUUAACAGGAAAAUCACGAUUCACAAUCACUUUCAGAUCAUCAGGACAAUCACUCAAAUUUCAAGUAGGCAUGCUCAAUUUCAUGAAAAGCACAAAACAUUUCACUUCAAAUCAGUCAUACUUGUGUAAAACGGGUUUAGUCCCGCCAUCACUUCAAAAACAAAUCAAACAUGCUUUUAAAA